CAUGCUCUGUUGGUAAUAUCAAUAGAGAAAAAAUCGUGAGCUCCCUGUGGUUUAGCGGGCGAUUCGCCAAUCAAACCGACUGGCAGCCUGCUUGAAGGCGAUAUUAACCUAACCCGGUUUUUCUCGCUGUUUACCCGGUAUUUUUUCCUGCGCGCUGACCCGUGAACGAUUUGCGCGAAGUGCCGGCCGAGAGCAGGCACAAAAACAUCGGGUAAACAUAGCGAAAAGCACAGGGUAAAUAAACGCCUACAAGUAGGCUGCAGGUCACAUGGUACCCUGGGAUAGGAUCCAGAGGCUAAAAAUUGCUUUACCCAUCCCCUGUUGGUUUAAAAUUCUGAGCCCUUUGGUAGAAGGGUAGUAAUGAGCCCACAGGAAUUGGUCAGUGGCCUUCAGCUUAUAUUCAAAAUGGCGGACAAAACAUGAAUAGAUUCACACGUAUACAUAACCAUAAAAAAAUGUCCAAAACUACAAGACGAUCGUGAAAGUAAUAAUUUCGUAAAAAGGAUACGCUCUUAUAGAGAUGGACAAACGAAGGAAAAAGCGAAUCCAAGGAUCAUGGGCAGGAAAAAUGGCGAAACCUUCAAACAAGACAGCAACAUCGCAAGAAGAACAGGCCUCGGGAUCCAAUGAUCCUUCUGAAAAGAAGUUCGUCUUUCAAGGAAAUGUUGUUAAUACAAUACGACAAGCUCCACCAGUUAAAACACUAACAGAAAGGGGUACCUAUGAGAUCAGUACUGGGCCCUCAGGUCUGGCAAUCAUCGACUUGUAUCCUUCAUUCCUGGACGGUGAUGAGACAGAAUGGAUGUUUGAGCAGCUCCAGGCUGAGAUUCCUUGGGAGGAGAAGGAUAUCAAAAUUAAAGGUGAAUUUCAUAAACAGCCGCGGCUUACUGCCUGGUUUGGAGAGUUUCCAUAUACCUACUCUGGCCUCACUCUCAGACCUUUCCAGUGGUCGCCAAUUUUGAAUAUUUUAAGGGAAAAGAUAGCCAAAGCAACUGGAGAGACGUUCAACUCCAUGCUUGCCAACCUAUACAGGCACAACAAGGAUAGUGUGGACUGGCAUGCUGACGAUGAGCCUUCUUUAGGAGUUAACCCUACUAUAGCAUCACUCUCCUUUGGUGAUUCAAGGGUAUUCGAGCUUAGAAAAAAUCCCCUCAAUGAGGGGGACGACUACUCGCUAAUGCAGCACAUCAAAGUCCCGCUAAACUGUGGUAGUCUUCUAGUGAUGCGAGGAUCUGUACAAGAGGACUGGCAGCAUCGAGUUCCAAAAGAGUAUCAUGACAGAGGCCCAAGGAUUAACCUAACAUUCAGAAACAUCUCUCCAGUCAAGUAACCAACUUUUGUUAGCUGAUAUCUUUAGGAAAAUUUAUUACGUGACGCCUGUUUUUGCAGGCUAUGGAGUACUAUACUAGUGAGGUGUUCAUCUCAGUAGUAAAAAAAAAUCCGCACGGAUCGGUAAAUUUCAUUCUACCCUACA